AAGUAUUUGGUCAACACAUUUUGAGGUGAUUACAUUUUCGUGUGCAGUUAGGCAAACGAAAUCCAACAAGUAGACUUUAGUCAUAACGGAACGGGCACUGUUAUUUCAUGGAAGUUGCAUCUCCAAAAUUAUGUACGCGCCAAUAGGAAAUACUCCGUAGUUGCUUAAGUUUGAAUUGUGCGAUGUCACCAACAUGGAUCUCGGCGUAUUUAUAAUUUCUGUCAAAUCACAAAAUGAUUUAGUUAGAGAAGGGCAUUGCAGUCCUUAGACCAAGGGCAUAUUCGAAAGAUAAAAAUUAGGCCAUUUUGUUAAUUAAGCUUAGACUAAGUUGGGAUACCAUUCUGGAAAAUAAGCUAAGUUGAGGGGAUAAUUUAGUCACACACCAAAACCAAAACAUCAUAUAAAACACCAACAGUUGAAGGUUUAUACAAGUAUAGGAAAUCGAAAGUGUUUUCAAAAGUUGGAGGUUCACACAGUCAUGGCAAAUGAAAACAACUCAAACUCAACCAAGGAGCAUGCGAGUUUCUGGACUCAAGCAAACGCUCUCCUUAGGAAGAAUUUAACCUUUCAGAAACGAAAUGUGAAGACAACCGUUAGGCUGAUCAUGUUCCCCUUCGUGUUGUGUCUGUUGCUGCUUUUGAUGCAAAAGCUGAUUGAUAAUCAAUUGAACAAGGCUGAGAACAAGUGUGGCUGCAUUUGUAGGAAGACACAAGGGGACACAUGUAUAGAGCAGGUUUGUGGGAUUCAGUACUCGGAUUUGGACCAAGUUUCCACGUGUCCCAUUCCCAAUCCUCCAGAAUGGCCACCUUUGUUGCAAUUGCCGGCUCCACAAUACCGAGCUGUGAGAACGAAUGUUCUGCCCGUUUCGGAUUUUCCAAACGCCUCCUGUAGGAGAAAUGGCUCCUGCCCUGUCACUAUGCUCUUCACUGGCACUAACCAAUCAUUUGGAGAAAUUAUAUCUGGGAAUAUGAUUCCAAGUACCUUGAGUAUAAAUAACUCUGAUAUUAUGGGUAGUUUGGCAACUAAUGUCGUUGGAUCAGACUCAGCAACAGAGGACACCAAUUUUCUGGACCCUGCUUUCUUUUCGGAUCUUCCUAUUUAUUAUCUGCAAAGCAAGUGCACACAGAACUCUACAUUCUCCAUUUCUGUCCAAAUAUCAACCAUUAACAAGCAGCAAGUGGUAACAUGUGCUCAGGGUUUACGUUUAUGGCGUAAUAGUUCUUCUGAGGUGAACGAUGAGCUAUAUAAAGGUUACCGAAGAGGGAACCCAGAGAGACAGAUUGAUGAGAUAUCUGCAGGUUAUGAUUUUCUAAAUUCAAAUGAGAAUAGAUAUAAUGUAAGCAUAUGGUACAACUCAACCUACAAAAAUGAAACUGGCUUUGGUACUAUUUCAUUGGCACGUAUUCCUCGUUCAGUGAAUCUGGUAUCAAAUGCCUACCUACAGUUUUUGCUCGGAACUGGUACCAAAAUGUUGUUUGAGUUUGUAAAGGAAAUGCCAAAACCUGAGACCCCAACUAAGUUUGAUUUGGCUUCGCUUCUGGGUGGUCUCUUCUUUACAUGGGUCAUCCUACAACUUUUCCCUAUUGUCCUGACAUCGCUAGUUUAUGAGAGGCAACAAAAAUUAAGAAUCAUGAUGAAAAUGCAUGGCCUUGGUGAUGGUCCAUAUUGGAUGAUUUCAUAUGGUUAUUUUCUUGCCAUAUCCAUUGUCUACAUGCUGUGUUUUGUAAUAUUUGGCUCAGUCAUAGGGUUAAAAUUCUUUACUUUGAAUGACUACAGCAUCCAAUUCGUGUUUUAUUUCCUCUAUAUAAAUUUACAAAUUUCACUGGCAUUUCUAUUGGCUUCCAUGUUUUCAAAUGUUAAGACCGCUACAGUAAUUGCAUAUAUAGGUGUGUUUGGAACUGGGUUAUUAGCUGGCUAUCUUUUCCAAUUUUUUGUUCAAGAUACAUCCUUUCCGAGAGGGUGGAUCAUUGUUAUGGAGUUGUAUCCUGGAUUUGCUUUAUAUCGUGGGUUGUAUGAGUUUUCACAAGCUUCCUUUAAUGGAGAUGCUUCGGGGACUCAUGGUAUGCGGUGGGGAGAUCUGAGUGAUAGCACAAAUGGAAUGAAAGAGGUCUUGAUUAUCAUUUUUGUGGAGUGGCUCUUGGUUCUUUUUUUUGCUUAUUAUAUCGAUCAAGUUUUGUCUUCUGGAAGAGGGAAAAGUCCUCUUUUUUUCUUGAAAGGAUUUCAAAAGAAGCCUCCAUCUUUUCGAAAGCCUAGCAUCCAGAGGCAGGGAUCUAAAGUUUUUGUCCAGACAGAGAAACCUGAUGUCAGUCAAGAGAGGGAGAAGGUGGAGCAAUUGCUACUUGAACCAACAAUAAAUCAUGCAAUUAUAUGUGACAACAUGAGAAAGGUCUAUCCAGGGAGGGACGGUAACCCAGAGAAAAAUGCAGUGAGAGGGUUGUCUCUUGCUUUGCCUCAAGGAGAAUGCUUUGGUAUGCUUGGUCCAAAUGGUGCAGGGAAGACUUCUUUCAUCAAUAUGAUGAUUGGUCUUACGAAGCCAACCUCUGGUACAGCUUUUGUUCAAGGUCUUGACAUAAGAGCUGAUAUGGAUGGCAUAUAUACUAGCAUGGGCGUAUGCCCACAGCAUGACUUGCUUUGGGAAACCCUGACAGGAAGAGAGCACCUGCUCUUUUAUGGCAGACUUAAAAAUCUUGAAGGUUCAGCCUUAACACAAGCAGUGGAAGAAUCUUUGAAAAGUGUAAACCUUUUUUAUGGAGGAGUUGCUGAUAAACAAGCAGGAAAAUACAGUGGAGGAAUGAAGAGGAGGCUUAGUGUUGCAAUUUCACUGAUUGGAGAUCCUAAAGUUGUUUAUAUGGAUGAGCCAAGCACUGGACUAGACCCUGCAUCAAGAAACAACUUAUGGAAUGUUGUUAAGCGUGCAAAACAGGAUCGUGCAAUCAUUCUUACCACACAUUCCAUGGAAGAGGCAGAAGUCCUAUGCGAUCGAUUAGGAAUUUUCGUAGAUGGAAACUUGCAGUGCAUAGGAAAUCCAAAGGAGUUGAAAGCCAGAUAUGGAGGAACUUAUGUGUUCACAAUGACAACAUCUGUGGAUCAUGAAAAUGAUGUAGAGAACUUGGUGCAGCAGCUUUCUUCAAAUGCUAACAAGAUAUACCAUAUCUCUGGUACUCAAAAGUUUGAGCUACCAAAAGACGAGGUUAGGAUAGCAAAUGUAUUCCGAGCGGUUGAAACCGCAAAGAAAAAUUUCACAGUUUCUGCGUGGGGUUUAGCUGAUACCACAUUGGAAGAUGUCUUCAUUAAGGUUGCACGUGGGGCCCAGGCAUUUGACACCUUGUCAUAAUUUCACACUAGUAUAUGUCCUCUCUCUCCCAGAAUUUAGUUUUGACCGAGUUUAGUAAAGUCAUGUAAUCUAUGCAGUUAGCUUUAAGUAGAUAAAACUUUAAUUGUUGUAUAAUGUAUUGUUAGUUUAUGCAGGUUAAGUGGUAUUUUCACAUCUAGUGUCUUUAGUGUGUAUAUAUCAACAUUGUUUUAUAUUAUAUCCCUUCUACACCGGUUGCCCUGCACUAAAACAAAGUAAAAUCUCAAGUUCUCUGUUGUAAAAUUUGUAUACAAUUGCGUAUUUAGCAACGAAUGCAAGUGUUCGUUUAUUUUGUUACAGCUACAAAACUAGCUUUGGAAUCGCAAAGCUAUCCUUUGUAAGUAACUUUUGUUUCAAAAUCAAUUUU